AUGACGUCUCUGACUCUUGUCACGGUGGCCGUCUGUAUGUUCGUCAUUCCUGCAUUCGGUGGCUGGUCUCCAUAUUACUACGAGCAUGGUCCACACGGCUCAGGAACCAAUCAGGCAGGAGCUGGACGACUCGGAGGUGUUGGGAGACGAGGAGGUGCUGUUGGACAAGGUAGACCUUCUAGCCGACAACUUCCCAGGAAACUGCCUCAGCCGGAAGUAUACGUCAACCCUCAGGACGCCGUGGCCACAUCUGUGGUCAGAACCACUGACCAGUACUUCUAUAAACCCGCACCUGUUGGCUUUGACCACAUCAUCACAAACAUCAAUGGCGGGUACAACACAGAAUAUGCCGUCUUCACUGCUCCUGUGCCAGGAAUCUAUUCCAUCAACUACCACGUACAAAGCAAGAAAGGCAGCACCAAGGAGGCCCAUGUGGAUCUGACCCAGAACGGAGAAGUCGUCAACUCGGCCAAGGCAGAAGGGGAUUGUGUCACGGCCUCCAACUCCGCCGUCCUCUACCUUGACCAGUUUGACCGGCUCAGUGUUAACGGUCGUGAAGGAACCAUCAUUGGCUGUGAGAAUAACGGUUUCUGUAGCUUCAGCGUGUCUCUGGUUAAACCGGGUAGAUUCACGGAUCUAAAAGUCUCCCGAGCUACACCGGCACCUUACGGAAGACGCUGA